GCCCUCUGCCACCCCACGCCGCCCUGCCCAGGGAGAGGGCAGAGCGGGCCCGCCCAGGUGCGCCCGGGGGUUGGGCCGGAGUCCGGAAGGUGCGCCGCGCCGCCCCGAACCUGUCCCCUAGGCCUCCCCCCGCGUGAAAGUGAAAGUGUCGGACCCGCGGAGGUCAAGGAUAGGGGGGCGGGGCCAGCGCGGAGCUGGGAGCGGGAGCCGGGCACUCGAGGGGCCAUGGAUGGGCUCGGCCGCCGCCUUCGAGCCAGCCUGAGACUGAAGCGCGGCCAUGGGGGACCGCCCCAGGACAAUUCAGGGGAAGCUUUAAAGGAACCAGAAAGGGUCCAGGAGCACUCUUUGCCCAACUUUGCUGGGGGACAGCACUUCUUUGAAUACCUUCUUGUGGUUUCUCUCAAAAAGAAGCGUUCAGAGGAUGAUUACGAGCCUAUAAUCACCUACCAAUUUCCCAAGCGGGAGAACCUGCUUCGGGGUCAGCAGGAGGAGGAGGAGCGGCUGCUCAAAGCUAUCCCCUUGUUCUGCUUCCCAGAUGGGAAUGAGUGGGCAUCACUCACUGAGUAUCCCAGGGAGACCUUCUCCUUCGUUCUGACCAAUGUGGAUGGGAGCAGAAAGAUUGGAUACUGCAGGCGCCUCUUGCCUGCUGGCCCUGGCCCUCGCCUUCCCAAAGUGUACUGCAUCAUCAGCUGCAUCGGCUGCUUCGGCUUGUUCUCCAAGAUCCUGGAUGAAGUGGAGAAGAGACAUCAGAUCUCCAUGGCUGUCAUCUACCCGUUCAUGCAGGGCCUCCGAGAGGCAGCCUUCCCUGCUCCUGGGAAGACUGUCACUCUCAAGAGCUUCAUCCCCGACUCAGGCACUGAGUUCAUUUCACUGACACGGCCCCUGGACUCCCACCUAGAACAUGUGGAUUUUAGUUCUCUAUUGCACUGUCUCAGUUUUGAACAGAUACUUCAGAUCUUUGCCUCUGCCGUGCUGGAGAGAAAAAUCAUCUUCCUGGCGGAAGGUCUCAGCACCCUGUCUCAGUGCAUCCAUGCUGCUGCCGCACUGCUCUACCCCUUCAGCUGGGCGCACACCUACAUCCCUGUUGUCCCUGAGAGCCUUCUGGCCACCGUCUGCUGCCCCACCCCCUUCAUGGUUGGAGUACAAAUGCGCUUCCAGCAGGAGGUCAUGGACAGCCCUAUGGAAGAGGUCCUGCUGGUCAAUCUUUGUGAAGGAACCUUCUUAAUGUCGGUUGGUGAUGAAAAAGACAUCCUGCCACCGAAGCUUCAGGAUGACAUCUUGGACUCUCUUGGUCAGGGGAUCAAUGAGUUAAAGACUGCAGAACAAAUCAACGAGCAUGUUUCAGGCCCAUUUGUGCAGUUCUUUGUCAAGACUGUGGGCCAUUAUGCUUCCUAUAUCAAGCGGGAGGCAAAUGGGCAAGGCCACUUCCAAGAAAGAUCCUUCUGUAAGGCUCUGACCUCCAAGACCAACCGCCGAUUUGUGAAGAAGUUUGUGAAGACACAGCUCUUCUCACUUUUCAUCCAGGAAGCUGAGAAGAGCAAGAAUCCUCCUGCAGGCUAUUUCCAACAGAAAAUACUUGAAUAUGAGGAACAGAAGAAACAGAAGAAACCAAGGGAAAAAACUGUGAAAUAAGAGCUGUGGUGAACAAGAAUGACUACAGCUACACACAAUUUCUGGACUUCAGCCCCUGCCAGUGUGGCAGGAUCAGCAAAACUGUCAGCCCCCAAAAUCCAUAGCCUCACUCUGAGUCUUGGUAUCCAGGUAUUGCUUCAAACUGGUGUCUGAAAUUUGGAUCCCUGGUAUUGAUUUCUCAGGACUUUUGGAGGGCUCUGACACCAUGCUCACAGAACUGGGCUCAGAGCUGCAUUUUUUGCAGAGGUGACACAGGUAGGAAACAGUAGUACAUGUGUUGUAGACACUUGGUUAGAAGCUGCUGCAACUGCCCUCUCCCGUCAUGAUAACAUCUUCAACAGAGAACACACUUUGUGGUCGAAAGGCUCAGCCUCUCUGCAUGAAGUGUGUGGACAUGUAAGGAUGAGAGUAAAGAGGAAAAUCUUAUUUUUAUAUGUGUCUUUGGCUUUUACUAUGGGUGGAGAACGAGGAAAAUAAGGCAAUGAAUAUGACAAUCAAGUGGACUACAAGUGGAGGACCUGGCCACGGGGAUAUGUUUGCAGUGAUAGAAUCAUGGGGGGCAGCAGCUCUACUUCUUCUAACAGGAAGGGUAAGAGAUACUGGUAAAAGCAGCAGCAGCACUGGACACAGGGCAUCUAAGUCCUUGGUUUGGAGUCAGGUGUGCUUUCCAGAAUCCUGGGAGGAGAGGCUGCUCACUGAAGGGAAGAAGCUUCAGUCUAGAGUAAUUUGAGGAUAGGAAUGUCAGUCAACAGCAGCCUGUGAAGAACUCUACAUGGCUUCCAUAAGUAGGUCUGUUUCCCCAUCACUUUCAGUUUGCACUAGUCUUUUACCUUCAGUCUUGGACAUCCUACCUCCAACUGAUCUUUAUUUUGAGCAGCACAGUCCAAUUCUUUAGCUAAAGGUGAAGGGAUCUCUGCACUGAUGUUCUUCCCCUUUGAGAAAAGAAUCGUAAUUUUAAGAGUCUGAAGGAGUUUAGUGGUCACCUAGUCUCUCCUCCCUUGAUACCUCUACUGAUACUUUCUACUCAAGCACUGGGAAGCUUUUUUUAGAAGAAUCUUAUCUUCAAAAAUUCUACCUUUUUUAAUGUGUGUAUUUGUGACCCUCAGAAGUUCCUAAAUUCUAUACAAAGAACACAAAAGUUUCUGGAGGGUGGAACCGGGCAUACUGAAGUUCAAGCCAAUGUAAUUUGCUUUUGGGAGUGCAGAGACCUACUACAGGUGGCAGAUGUCCCACUGUCCACACACCGUGCUUAGCUACACUAUUAUUCUUCACAGCUUCUAGGAAUUACAUUUUUUUUUGGUAGUUUAUGGCAGUGGUGCCUAAAUAUAGUUGUACCUCCAAAGGUUUCAGAACAGGAACUGGAAUCCUGAGAAUCUUGUGAAAAUAUCCUCUUAUGCCUCAUCACAAAUAUACCAAAUCAUCUCCAGUGAUAGGACCUGGAAAUCUGUACUUUCUUAAAAGGUUCUUCAGGUAAGGUUUGCUGAGGUUUAUUACAAAUGUACCCUUGAUUUGAUGCUAAUGCUGUAUUUAGGGCUGAAGGAAGCACACACUAAAUAUCCCAGUGCUUUUCAGAUUCCAUCUAUGCUGAAAAAGAAUCUAGGAGAAUAAACACAUUACAAUUAGCCCUCAACAUCUUGCUUCAGAACUUUAGCCCACUAAAGCCCAAUAUAGUAUAGGAGAGAACACUGCACCAGGAUUCAGAUCUGGAUUCUAAUUUUUGUUCUGAAAAAUAGCAACUGACACUGGCAUGCCAUUUAGCCUCUCCAGGCCUCAAUUUCCACUACAGAUAAUACCUGAUGUGUCAGUAAGACAACUGACGUAACUUGGCCAAACAAGUAGAAUUAUCCUUCCUCCUUUGUCCUGCUCUGUCCUAGCUUUUAAUACUUGGUCUGCCCUAACGUUUUCCUGUAUGUAUUUCUUUAUCCCAGAUAUUGGAACAAUUGCUAGCAAGGAAAAGUAAUGACGGAUUUUCAUUUCCCAAUAUAGUCUGGCAGAGAAAUGAAAGGUUUACUUCUCCUUGCUAAUUCAAUCUACAUGGUAUUGAUGGAAUCAUUAAAAGUGCAAGCAAGCAGCGUUCUGGCUGCCAUACAAGACAGUGUAGCUACUGUUUAUUCUUGAUUAUGGGACAGGAUAUAGAUGAAAAUCAAUAAGAUACCUCAUUUUAGCCAAUAGUUUAAAUCUUUUCUCCUGUGUCCCUCUUCUUCAAGCAACUGAAUUAUCUGUAUAAAAUGGAAACAUAUCUGGUUCCCAUUUCAAACGAUAGUACAGAUACCAAAGAGGAGAGUGCCAGAAAAGGAGAGUACAAAGUGACCCCUUAGAGAGGCCCAGGCACUUGCUGAAAAUUUAGGGGAAGGGUUUGAGAUUUCUAAAUGACUGAUAAUCACACAGGUGACAACUACAACACAAAAAAACCACUGACAGGAAAAAUGAACAUAGUUCUCCUUUUUAAAGUUUCUACAAAAUAGAAAUGUCACAAGACACAUCACAACAAUGCAGUGGACCAAAUUUUCUUAUUAAAGAACAGAAAUAAAUUUUGCUUAAAUUUAAAAAAAUAACAUUAAAACUUAGUUUAUCUUUCCACUGAAUAAAACUGAGAAAAAGUUGGCUUUCAGAUCAUAUAUUUAUUUAAAAAAAUAAAAUGGGAAAUUGACAAAGUUACCACAUUAUUCUGCAUGCUAACAGGAUUUCCCAAGCCUGUGAGAGAAUCAUUUCUUGAGCAAUUAAAAAAAAAAAAAAAAAAAAAAAAAAAA